ACUGGUGCCACGCUGCUGCGCGUGCUCAGUGCGUCUCCGCCGCUGCUCGCAUCCUGAACCUGGAGCUCUCUCUGUCUGUAUGUCUUUAACAUACACCCUGUGUGUGUGUGUGUGUGUGUGCGUGUCUGAUGGGCACCUAUGGGUGACGGAGGGAGCCUAUUGUUGUCCGCCCGGUGGUUUGUCCUGCUCGAGCUGCACGUUAACCGGAGAAUGCCCCGAGGAACCGGAGCCGUGUCACUUCACCGGCUGCACGGAUAGCGCAGCAACACACCCGAGAAUCACGAUAUUGACAUGAAGAAAGACAUCGAGACUCUAAUUGCAGAGGAACGCGCUGAUAUCAUCUUGAAAUAUGCUGCGGAGGAAGAGUUCACACUCGCGUCACUUUGGGGUUGAGAGACGCGCUGAGAAGGACGAGAGCGUAGAUUACAUUGGCAGGCAGGGGGGGGUGCAGAUCGACCCCUGGGAUGAUGCCGACUACAGCAUCUACAAAGUCAUCGACCGCUUCGGCUUCAUGCAUGAGGACGAGCUGCCGGCCCUGACUGCACAUGAGGAAAAGAGGAAGCAGCUGGAGGUGGAGCGGGCGGAGAAGUGGCUGAAGAUGGCGAAGAAGUGGGACAAGUACAAGAACAGCGACAGGAUGGUGAAGCGGGUCUACAAGGGGAUCCCCCUGCAGCUGCGAGGCCGGGCCUGGGCCCUGAUGCUGGACGUGGACCGGGCCAAGAACGACAACCAAGGCAAAUAUGAGAGAAUGAAGGAGCAGGCCCGGCGGGACUCGUCCGAGAUCAAGCAGAUCGACCUGGACAUCAACCGGACCUUUCGGAACCACAUCAUGUUCACAGACCGCUUCGGAGUCAAGAGGUGAGCUACUGCCAGGGCAUGAGCCAGGUCGCCGCCCUGCUGCUGAUGUUCAUGAACGAGGAAGACGCCUUCUGGGCGCUGUCGCAGCUGCUGACCAAUCAGAAGCACGGCAUGCACGGGUUUUUUGUUCCCGGGUUCCCCAAACUCCAGCGGUUCCAGGCCCAUCACGAUCAGAUUAUUUCCAAACUCGUCCCCAAGCUGAAGAAACAUCUGGACAGAGAGCAGAUGUCCGCGGGGAUCUACAGCACCAAAUGGUUCCUGCAGUGUUUCAUUGACAGGACGCCGUUCACGCUGACCCUGCGGCUGUGGGACAUCUUCAUCCUGGAGGGGGAGAGGCUCCUCACCGCCAUGUCCUACACCAUCCUGAAGAUACACAAGAAGCGUCUGUUGAAGAUGCCUCUGGAGGACCUCCGAGAGUUCCUGCAGGAGCGGAUCGCUCAGACUUUCUUCCACAGUGACGACGUGAUCAUCGAGCAGCUGCAGGUCUCCAUGACUGAACUGCAAAAGAUGAAGCUGGACCUUCCUCCCCCAGGGAAGCCUGAUGAGUUGCCUCUUAAGCCUCUGGGCCAGGAGCCGCCCCUGCUGCUGAGUCCGGUGGAGCCCUGCAGAGGGAAGCCGUCCCCCGCCAGCGGGCUCCCCAGACCGGGCCUGAGCCUCCACAUCAUCUCCCAGCAGCCAGACUCCAUUUCCCCAGACCAGAGCCCCUCCAAAGACCCCAGGGAUCUGGACGCUGUGGACGAGGAGGAGGCCCCGCUGCCUUCCCCAGACCCCAUCAUCAUCCACAGCCGGGCGCUGCUCACUCCUGAUGGGUCCCCGCUAACAGGGCCCCCACCAUACUGGCCCCCGGGGGGUGAAGUAGACGUGACAGCGGGUCUCUCGUCAGCAACAGAUCUGUCAAGCGAUGAAAUGAAACCGCAGUUUGCAGACCCCUCCUACCCGGCCCGACUCUCCAGCACGCUCCCACGGACUCUCUCGGGUCUCGUCGCCCAGGCGGUCUCGCCGGCUGGGGGUCUGUCCCGGUCUGACGGUCUGUCUGCAGCAGAGAGGGCCGAGGACAGUUACCUGGCCAAGCUGCUGGAGCAGGCCUCGGCUCUGCCCACCGACGGGAACCCGAAACAGAACCAGGACUCGAGCGAAGCGUCGGAGGAAACGCAGGCUUCGGACAUUUGGUGAAAUGAGCACCGAUUUACGGUAGAUCAGGAUCACCUUGUGUUGACGUCGUCACACGCAGCAGGUGCGAUUUGGCAUCUACACAGAUUUAGGGAUUUUGUCUAAUCUCCAUUUACCGGAUUAUGAAUUGUCUCGGCCUGGUUCAUCUUUUUCAUGUUGAAUGUAUCCGUAUCGGUCCAGUUUUGGCAGUUCUAACCAGGGCUGUAGUACUCGAGUCCGGUCUUGGACUCAAGACCGUUUUUCUAUGGACUUGAACUUGUCUCGGACUCGCUAGUAUUUGGUCUCGGACUUGUCUCGGUCUCGGCCACUGGUCUUGCCCAAUAUGGCUUUUGGUCUGGACCGAGUCCAGGUGUCUUUAUUAUGUUGAUGAUAAUAUUGGAGGGAAAGGG